UUAAAUGUGUAAUUAAACAUAUCAACAUAUUUAUAAAGUUAUAUAAAAAUGUCAAUGCGUAGCAAUAAAAUAAAAGCUACCAAUAACUAUCAACCGCAGACACCGCAAAUGCAACAUCAAACACAACAACAACAAUAUUUACCGCCGCCCCAAUAUCAGCAACAACAACAACAGUUGUUAGCACAAUUGCAACAACAGCAUAAAUUUCAACAACAGCAACAGCAACUAUCACAAUCACCUCCGCCAUCAUCAUCAGCGUUAUCAACAGCAUCGGCGGUCACAUUGCCCAGUUCGACAAAUGCAACAAAUUUACUAAAUAAUAGUCGUAAUAAUUUGGCAUCAUUGGUGGCAGCCAUUAAUGCUAAUGAUCAGCAUACCUAUGGUGGAUUCGGAAACGGUGGUGGUGGUGGCGGCGGCGGCAGCGGCAGCAAAGCAUCACCAACCCCAUCAGCAUCUACAUCAUCGGCGCUGUUAGCGGCACCACCAUCGUAUUCAGCGGCUAUUGCACAAAAUCCGCCAUAUCACUUCAUUAAUCAUUAUCAAACUCAACAGCAGCAAGUACAGAGCGGUGACAUGAAAACUCAUCAUCACCACCAUCAUCAUCAUCAUCAUAACAAUGGUAUGCUAUUAACCGCAUCUACCAAAACGAUCGUUGAAGAUGGUGACAGUAAUGGUAUUGUUGCGGAUAACAGCUGUGGUAAUGGUAAUGGUGGGGUUGUCGGUGGCGGUGGUGGUGUUGGCGGUGGUGGUGAGGAGCAACAGCAACAACUUUGUGUGGUGGCCAAAAUGCAAAAAUCGGUUACAAUAACUGUUACACCGCAACGUAGCAACUCGCUGGACUAUUUAAACUUUGAAGAGAAACGUCAACUGAUCGCCUCAUCAUUGUCAUUAUCCGAUAUAUUGCAAUGCAAUCAGACUAAUGCCACAGCUCCAAAAGACACAACUAAUGCUAAAAAACAAAACGGUGCUGCACUGCGUACAAAUAGUUUGGGCUCUGGCACACGUACACCACCUUUGGAACGUAAAAGUAAAUUAAGUGCUUUAGGGCGUUUCUUCAAACCGUGGAAAUGGCGGCGAAAAAAGAAAAGCGAAAAAUUCGAAGCUGCCUCAAAAUCCCUUGAACGUAAAAUUUCAGUACGUGCCAAUCGUGAAGAACUUGUACAGAAAGGUAUUUUAUUGCCGGAAAGUCCACUAGGAAAUAUUCAAGAGCCAGGUGAAGAUUCGUAUUAUAAUAAUUCCAAUGCCAAUAAUCUGAAUAGUACCAGUAGUAGCAACAAUGCCAACGGUUCGAUUUUAUCAUCAGCCGUCCAAAACAAUUCCAUUAUUACCACUACAGCCGGCAGUGGCAAUACUAGUAUUAGUAGUCAUCAUCAGCAACAGCAGCAACAACAAAAUUCACAAUUACAGCAACAGCACCACCAUCAACAGCAGCAACAGCAACAACAACAAUCACAACAACAAACACAUGUUAACAGCUCUAUGUCUAUACAACAAUUCCAAUUGAAUUCCAUGCUUAAUGGUACAAACAUUGUAGGAGGCAGUAAUAUUACCUCAAUAUCCACAACAUCGACAUCAAUUACUGGUACACACGCUGGUGGUAAUACGUCAAAUAUUAAUAACAAUAACAAUAGUAACAGCAAUAGUAAUCACAAUAGUAAUAAUAAUAAUAAUAAUAAUAGUAACAACAAUAAUAACAAUAAUAAUAAUAACGGUAUUUCCGCUAAUACAACGGACACCGUUGUAACUACAACUGGUGGUUCUGGUGGCGGUAGCAGCACCAGUAGCGGUUGUGUACCACAUUCUCAAUCAGCACCACAUCAGUUAGGCGUACAGCCUCCACCUUUAACACCAUUGGCUCAACAUCAUCAGGCAUUGGCACAGCAAUUACAGCAACGAUUCGCUAUCACUAAUAAUAACGAACCCAGAAAAGACAAGACUGAUGUACAGUAUGGUGGUGGUGGUAUUGGUGUUGUUGUUGGUGGGGGUGGUAAUGUUACACUGUCGCCUAAUACCGAACAACCGCCUUGUCAGGGCUCGCUGCAGCCUUCGCAUUUGCUUAUUAGCAGUCGUGAUCAGUAUGAUUCACACACACAAAAUUCCAAACUGGAACGACCCAAUACACUGGGCCCAAAUAAAUUAACGCGUCGUGUAAAUGUUUGCUACGAGCACUACCCUGACGUUGGUUCCACGUCUGGCAGCAUAAUCGGUAGUGGUGGAAAUGCAUCAGCAUAUAAUGACGGCGGCCCCGCUACAGCGGGUCAUCAUGAUAAAAUGGUGGGUGGCGUCAUGUUGACAGAACUACCGGAACCACCUAUACCAGUUUCGGAAAUAGGCCCUAUACCACCACCGCCAAUGUUCUCAACACCAUCGCCUACAUUAGUAGCAGGACGAGCUCAUGGACCAGGCGCUAUUAAUGACAAGGAUUAUCAACCCUAUGAUGAUUACGAUGAUGAUCCGACUCAUGAUGAUAAUGAUUCCGAUAUUGAUUAUAGCUUUCAACAAUAUCAAAAUCACAUUGAUACCCAACGUAUUGAGGAAAUUCCAGCCAAAGAGCCUAAACCAAAUGCAGUUCCUCUAAAGUCGGCCCUCAAAAAGAAACCGGGACAAACAGUGUCUGCGUCAUCUUCACCAGCCACACCCAUACAAGAUCACAGUAAUGCAAAUGGAUCAGUGUCCCAAGGUAUGGGUAGCAGUAAUACAGCCAACAAUAGCGGUAACAGUGGCGGCGGUGGAAGUACUUCAACCAGUCAACGCCCGCUAGUGGUUAGACAAGAUGCCACUAACAAUUAUACCCUCAAGCCAAUUCUACGACCACGGAUUAGAAUAUGUAGGCAGCAAAUGUUUAACAUCAAUUUGCCCUGCACGAUGGAGAAUAAAGAGAACACGCGGCCAUUUGUGAUACGUGAAAGUAGCAGUGAUAGCGAUGAAGAUGGCGGCCGUAUAUUAUAUCGUGACGAUGAUAACACCAGACAAGCUAAAAUAGCACGGAAAGAAUCGUUAUCAUUAAAAUUGCAAUUACGUCCCGAUAAGCAAGAUUUAAUUAAUCGUAAUAUACUGCAUCAGGUGACGGAUAAUGAAUUAAAGGAAACAAAAGAAGCAAUUGGAGCACGACUGAUAAGACGUUUGUCCAUGCGGCCCACCGCCGAAGAGUUGGUGGAACGCAAUAUAUUAAAGACACAAACACCCGCCGAAGAGAAAAAGCAAAAAGAGGAGAAGAAAUCAUAUUUAUUGCGUAAAUUAAGUUUUCGACCCACCGUCGAGGAGUUGAAAGAGAAAAAGAUAAUACGUUUCAAUGAUUAUAUCGAAGUGACUCAAGCUCAUGAUUAUGAUCGCCGAGCUGAUAAGCCAUGGACAAGACUGACGCCGAAAGACAAGGCUGCCAUACGUAAGGAACUGAACGAGUUCAAAUCAUCCGAAAUGGCAGUGCAUGAAGGCAGUCGACAUUUAACCAGGUUCCAUAGGCCAUGACAAUUGCAAUGGCAGCGUUUUAAUAUAAAUAAUAAUAAUAAUAACUUUACAAAAACUCCAUACACAACAAAAAAUUAUGCAACAAAAUCUUA